AUGUUGAUGCGUAGUUGUGUAAAAGUUAAUUAUCUAGGACUAGGUUCUGUAGGUCGCGAAAAUGUACAUUAUGCUGAUGUUCCUGAUAACGCUCAAAUUUUUUUGAAUUCAAGUUCUACAUUUUCUCAUAUAAGAAAAUUAUAUUUAAAUCCUCUCAUGUCGAAAAAUUCUAUAGCUUUUUUAAAAUACGUUCCUUCAAUAUGUUCCAACAUUCGUAAAUUAGUAUUUCAUGAACUUAAACCUCAUAUAAGUGAUUAUCCACAAAUAAUAAUUAAUAUCAUUAAAGCUCAACCAAAAAUUGAAGACCUUGAUUUCUUAUCUUUCAAAAAAUACGGCGGAAUAAUUAUUUCUGAAUUAACAUCUCUUAAUUUAGAAUGCCUAAAUUCAUUAAAAUUUUCCAAUUUUUACUUUUCGGAAUCCCCAUUAACUUUAUUUUCUAAUUUUAGAUUAUUAAAAAAAUUAGAGCUUAUCAAAUGUGAUAAUUUAGAACUAGUAGAUUUUAAUUCUUUACCUCUCAAACCUUUCUUCAUUAAUGAGUUAAUUUUGGGUUAUAAUAAUUGGGAUAAAGAUAUUGAUGCUAAAUUGAUUUCGAAAAUUGGUGUUAACCUUAAAACUUUCUCUACUGGUUCUUUAACAACUUCUCAAAUAAUUCGGAUGAUUAAGAAUAAUUGCCCUAACAUUAUCAAUAUUGAAUUUUCAAUAGAUUCUUCUCAAGUAGAAUUUAAUAUCAUUUCAGCAUGUCUCUCCAAGAUGAAAAUUUUAGAAUCUCUUUAUAUACAUGUCUUGUCUGAUGUUGAAGGUUAUAAUUUUCAAUUAUUUGGUGAAAAUCUUCCUCAUUCAUUACGUUCUUUUAAAUUCGGUUACACUUACAACUCUGCUAAAAUUUUAAAUGAUUUCUUGAUUAAUUGUAAUGUUUCAUUAGAAUCUCUUUACAUUUCUUUUCAUAAUAUUAGUUUAAAUGAUCUUGAUUGUUUAGUUAGAUUUGCAAAUAGGUGUACUACUCUAAGGAAGGUGGGCUUGGAAGAUUUUCAAGAUCAAUCACAUUGUCAUCAUGAGAAAUUGGAUAUUAUUGAUAAAUUGCGACGGCUGGAUAUAAAAAUUGUACCAUUUUAUUAA